CAGCAAUCUAGAUUAGAGAUUGGAUUUGAACAUAUACUCGAUACUACUUUAUUCUCCCGGUUACAUUUCUGGUCCUGUCUGCGUCCUUGCUGACUUCAAUGCUGGUUUUUGGCCUGUCCAAGUGCAUAAGUGAACGGUGCCGCCCCUUUUAUGAGGGCUGGGACAUUCAUGGAUUGCUGAACUCUGGUGAUUCCUUCUCUCUUUCUAGUCAUUACCACCUCUUUGUAUAAGCCUGCAACCUUGGCUUCUAACCCAAGUUAUUAAAAUGACCGUUCCGACCAGCACCAAUCCGCUGUCUCUUGACGCGGACGAAACCAUGCGGCAGGCAGUUGAUCGGUUCCGCACGCGCAUGACGGCCGCCAACUGGCAGUUCAUCCAGGACCGCAUCCGUGAGAUUGACGCCCGCGGACUAGCAACUGAGAAGGAGAAAAUCUGCAUGAUGCAGACAUGGCGUAAUUUUGAGGAACUAGACCGAGAUAACAUGUCCGCCCACAGUGACCCCAACGCGCACUACAAAAGCAAUCAAUUCCGGCAGACGCGGGAGCUGGCUGCGGUGCCCGCGCUGCUGGCCGAGGACACACGCCCCCUGUUCGCCCUGGACGGGCUCUACCCACCACGGCUCUCUGACCACAACUCGUUCGUUCUAUGGGGGCAGUGCACAACGCCCACUCUGACUCCCGGUAUGUCUCAGCCUCACUCAACCACCCACCGAUCUCUUCAGAGUACUUAUUUCAAUCUGCUGGUCGAUUUAUUCUCCCAAAUCUGUUUUCACUCUGGUGCUGCGAUUAACGAGUCAGGGGAUCAUGGUCCCUACUCGGCCGUCCCCAUGGAUCCUAUCUCUGCCUUUGGGGUGGCUUCGGGAGCAGUCCAGAUUGUCCAGGCUAUUUCCGAUACAUUGAUUGGACUGUCAGCUCUACGUGGGAAAUACUUGAAUGCAGAUCGCACCAUUGCCUGCCUGGAACAGGAGUUGCGCACGGUAAAAGCUGCAAUCAGACAGCUCGAGGAUUGGACAAGAGGCAGUUUCCAUGAUUCACAUGAAUACCAUGAAAGUCUUGACGUUGCGCUCGAUGGCUGUCGCGCAGUCAUGGAAGCCCUUGCGGAUGAGAUUUCUGCGCUGACCCAAGGCCUGUCGGUCAGCGAGAAUGGAAUGGGGAUGCGAGCCCGCAUACGAGUUAUCUGGAAGGAAGAUGUCAUGAAAGGACAUCAAGAGCGUCUUCACUCACAGGGUGUUAACAGCUCAUAUCUUAGCAAAACCCUUGCCCAGCAAGUCGAAUUGUUACGUCGGACAGAAAAUCGCCGCAAAAUAUGGAAAGUUGCCGACGAUGCUGCGACCCUCCGGUCCUCGAACAGGUACGCCGUUUCCCGAGCCGAUACAGCUUCCAGCUUGAGCCAACGCGAGUCCACAACGGGUGAUACUACUGUCUUUGAUUUCGAUGGGACUUUGGCCGCAUCUAUGCCAUACCAAUGCACACCCCGGGAAUCUCAGCAACGGCCCGAAAUAUGGUCAACCACGGGUAGUGGCAGUCAAAGCCAAACGACGGACGAAGGCUACGCAAGUGGUUUCGCAACCAGUACCACCACCACACGGACUAGUAGUUUAGCAUUACCCUCUCACCCAUCCAGUGCGAUCAGUCCAACUCUCGGACAAAGCAACAGCGUCGGGUUAAGACCUACGGCUCGUUUCCCAACUACAAACCAAACGCGAAGAACCAAGUCCGAUUCUAAUUAUACUUCCGGACUAGAUCGUGCCUCAAAAUCAAGACGCGAAUUGUUCCCAAAGUUCCAGUCUAUCAUUCGCCGGCUCAGUCAAGCCAGUCUCAAACCGAACGCCUCUCCGCGGAUCCCCACACGAGGUCUAACGGGGGGUUCUGCAGCAGGAGCAGCAGCCAGCAGACAAUAUGAUAAAGAUGUCAAUACCAGCAUCGACCUUACCUCUCCUGACGGUGCGAGAGCCCCUCUGAUUGUCAAGACUGCCCAAUCGGGUACAAGGCCUGACGUGGAGAGAUUAAUUGAAAGCGGAUGUGACUUGGAAGCUAAGCACCUCCAGUCCCGUCGAACAGCUCUCCUCGUAGCAGCACAUUGCGGCAACGAGGCUGUUGUCGAUCUUUUGAUUCAUAAAGGUGCUCGUCUUGAUGUUGCAGAUGGGUCGGUUUCCACCGCUCUACAUCUCGCCGCAUCGCGUGGUCAUUGUGGAGUUCUCGAAUUACUUCUUUGGGAGGGCUUGAGCGUGGAGGCUCGAGAUGCCAGGGGCCGGACACCUCUCUGGAUUGCUGCUGGACGAGGUCAGGUGGAGGCUACACAUAUGCUACUCUCCUUUAACGCAAAGGUCAACGCCCGGGCUGAAACACAGAUGACUGCUCUGCAUGCAGCCGCUAUGCGAGGCGAUGAGGCCAUUGUCAAGCUUUUAAUUCGCGGCGGUGCGGAUGUAGAAGCGAAGGACGGUACGACGAUGGCAGCCUUGCAUUAUGCUUGCGAAAAUGGUCAUGUUGGUGUAAUCAAGAUUCUUCUUGACAACAAGGCAAGUAUCGAUAUACCUGGUUGUGACCGCAGGACGCCUCUCAUCUGUGCAGCGGCAGCUGGUGGGCUUUCAGUCACUCAGCUUCUCCUGGAUAAGAAGGCAUCUAGUCGGUGCGUCGAUGACAGUGGCAUGACUGCCCUCCACUGGGCUGCGUAUAACGGACAUGCAGAUGUCGUAGACGUCCUCAGUCGCAGAAAAAGCUCGCUGACAAAGGUGAAUAUUGCAGAGCGGACGGCUCUCCACGUGGCGGCGAUGAACUCACAGUUCGCUGUUGUGGAGCUGCUGCUCCGCAAGGCGAUGCCUUUAGAGUCGCGAUGUCAGUCCGGUUUCACAGCACUGCACUACGCGUGUCUUGCGAACAGCACUGAGAUAUCAAGGCUCCUGCUCAUGUCGGGCGCAGACAUUGAAGCUCAAAUGAAGGGGGAGUUACAACGACGGCCUGUGCAUAUCGCGGCGACCCAGGGGUCGAUGGGCCUCCUAAAUCUUCUCUGCGACAAAGGUGCCUCUCUAGAGUCCCGAGAUGCAUUGGGAUACCGAGCGUUGAGUGCCGCAUCCCGAUCUGGCCACGCUGCCGCUGUUCAGAAUCUUCUCGACCGCGGGUCUCCCGUGCAUCUACCGUUCGAAGCCUGGUCUCGAGACGAUUCUCCGCUAUGUCUGGCUGCAAUGGGUGGACAUCUUCCUAUCGUCACCCUUCUUCUUCAGCGUGGUGCAUCUGUACUAAAACAAGAUGAGAACGACUGGUGGCCAUACCAGUAUGCAGCCUACCAUGGACAUCCGCGCGUUCUCGAGGUCCUCCUAUCCCGGAGCCUCGCUGAGUUGUCUAUCCGGGGGGAGACUUUAAGGCUACCAUUCGAUGGGAUUGGUUUCGCGCCCUCCGCCGAUAUUUCCGAGGAGCGCAAAAGAAAGGUGAUGUAUUUACUUUUUCAGGCUCAGCAACAGCCAGAGUCCCUUGUCCGAGAAACCACGUUUCCCGGGAGUUCUCUUUUUCCCACAGAACCCCACCAAACAACGUCAGGAGUACGGAGAGUGAGCCAUAUACGCAUGCAGCCAUGCGUGUCUUCUUUAACGCCUGUGCUAGAAAGCACACACAGAUCUGCCCCGAUCCCUGCGCAGGAACUUCCAAGCACGCUAGAGCAAGGGCUGCCCGCAAGCCGAUCCCAGACACCAGAACGCAUGCACCGUCCACCAAACGCGGAAGAACCACGAAACAUUCUCAACUCCCAAGAUCCCGAUCCAGCAUUCGCAGAAUAUUCAGAGCCCUCGCGCCUAGAGUUCGAACAGAUCAUACAACCCCCUUAUUCCUGGGACCGCCAGCCAUCGCAACCCCUGCCACACCCUCCAAGUCCACCACCCCUUAGCCACCCUACCCCCACCCGCGAAGGUAGAAUCGAGCCCGCCAACCUUCUCCCUAAAAACGAGGGUCUCAGGCUGGGACGAUCAGUACUUGGCAGCCCAGACCCAGCCGCAGCCGCAGCCUCAGCCAUUGGUCCAGGUCCAGGUCCAGGUCCGAAUGAGGCGGCUGGGGACGCGAACGUAAGGGCCAACUCGGGCUGGGAAACGGACUCGGAGUCGAUGACUUCGGUAUACACUGCCUCAGAAGGCGCCGCCGAACUUCCAGCCUGA